AUGGCACAAGCUCUUGUACAGGUCAUCCAUAGGGAUCCUCAACUUUUUUACUGGAUUUUAAUCCCUAUCACUGUCGUCAUGAUACUGACUGGAGUUUUACGUCAUUAUUUCACCAUUCUCAUGUCAAAUACGCCAAAGAAAUCAGACCUUCUAUCUAUACGUGAACAACGAUCACUUCUCCGGGGUAUAAAUCUUCGUAACAAUGGAAAUGUCAUCUCACCAGCAUCUUUCCAAGCUCGUCGAGAUUAUUUAGUAAAUGCAUAUCAAAGUGGCACCUUUCUCAAGGAGCCAGAAAAAAAGGGACAGGCAACCCCCAAUCCUAUGACAGAUCCAGCUGCCAUGGAAGGUAUGAUGGGUAUGAUGAAAGGAAACAUGGCCAUGAUUGUGCCGCAGACUCUUAUCAUGGGAUGGAUCAAUGCAUUUUUCAGUGGCUUUGUCAUUAUCCGAUUACCAUUUUUCUUGACGAUCAAGUUCAAGAGCAUGCUGCAAGCAGGUGUUGCCACCAGGGAUAUGGAUCCUCAGUGGAUGUCAUCUAUCUCUUGGUAUGUGCUUUGCAUAUUCGGUCUUCAGUCUGUAUUUAAUUACAUUUUGGGUAGUGACAAUGCUGCGAGCCAAGUAUCGCAACAAAUGGUUCAGAUGGGCCCGGGCGCAGGUGCCGACCUCUUUGGUCCAGGAGUAGAUCCAGACAAGCAAUUCCAAAAUGAGGCAGAGAAUCUUGCUGUAUUAGCCCAUCAGUAUACUCUAGAUGGCGUUGAAGACCGACUUCUUGAGUACGUAAAAGCGUAA